AUGAUUCGGUCGACGCAAAUAUCGCGGCUGGACGGGCUCAUGCUCUGCGCCUCGGUCGAUGACGAGCAGUCCGACGGCGCCGCCCUCAAGGAAGUCAAGCAGCAGACCAAGCAAGUCCUCCGCAAGCUCACCCGCAACUCGGAGCCCCAAGCCUCCAUCGAAACGGGCAGCCACGCCAUCCACUACCUCAUCGACACCGAUGUCGUCUUCCUCGCCAUCUGCGAGCGCUCCUACCCGCGCAAGCUCGCCUUCACCUACCUCGCCGACCUCGCCCGCGAGUUCCUCACCACCCACCCCGCCGCGCAGGUCCACAGCCCCCAGCUCCGCCCCUACGCCUUCAUGGAGUUUGACAACUUCAUCGCCAAGACGCGCACCACCUACGCAGACGCCCGCGCCGCGCAGAACCUCGACAAGCUCAACGACGAGCUCCGCGACGUGACCAAGGUCAUGACGAAGAAUAUCGAGGACUUGCUCUACCGCGGGGACUCCCUUGAGAAGAUGGGCGAGAUUAGCAGCCGCCUCCGCGACGAUAGCAAAAAGUACAGGAGGGCUGCUGUGCGCAUCAACUGGGAGCUGCUGCUCAAGCAGUACGGGCCCUUUGCGGGCUUGGGCCUGUUCGUCCUGCUCUUCAUCUACAUGCGCUUCUUCUAG